GCCUCGCCGUUUCCUCGGGGCCACCCACAGGCCUGGAAAGCCGAGCUUGGGCACUUGCCGCAGCCCGGCCUCAGGGAGGUGUCGUGAACUCUAGUACAGAACGUGCGCCGACCAGGGAUGGUGGUUGGACGGCAGGCCCUCCCCAGAGCUGGAAGAAAGACGGACUGAGAGCGGCACACCCUGGAAGAAGCGCUGUGCUUUCGGAGGUUUUCCUGCCUGCCUGUCCCCAUGACUCUCAUUCUCUUGCUGCUCCUGCUACCAAGCCUUUCACACCCCCAUUCCACCUGUGAGGUCUCCCAAGUGGCCAACCAGGUGGAAGUGAACUGUGAGAAUCGGGGGCUGAAGGCACUGCCUUCAGAUUUGCCAGCAAACACAACCAUCCUCCACCUGGGUAAGAACCCCCUGGGCACUUUCUCCCUGGUGUCCCUGGGGCCUCUGACUCACCUUACACAGCUACAUCUGGGUCACAGCCAACUGACUAACCUGCAGGCUGAUGGGAAACUGCCAGAGCUGGAGACCCUGGAAAUACCCCACAAUAAGUUGAUAAGCCUGCCCUUGCUAGGACAGACACUGCCACGGCUCACUACCCUGGACGUCUCUUUCAACAAGCUGGCCUCACUGUCCUCUGAUAUCCUGGAUGGCCUGAGCCAGCUCCAUGAGCUCUAUCUGCAUGGCAAUAAGCUGAAGACUCUGCCCAACCGGCUCCUGGCGCCCACAACCCAGCUGAGGAAACUCAAUCUGGCUGACAACCAGUUGACAAAUCUGCCCCUUGGGCUCCUGGAUGGGUUGAAGGAUCUUGACACCCUCUACCUCCAAGGAAACUGGCUGCGCACAAUACCAACAGGCUUCUUUGGGAGGCUCCUUCUGCCUUUUGUUUUUCUCCACAACAACCCCUGGUACUGCGACUGCAACCUCGUUUAUUUCAGUCACUGGCUGCGAGACAAUGCUAACAAUGUCUACUUAUGGAAGGAGGGUGUGGAUGUUGAGGCCAUGACCCCCAAUGUGGAGAGUGUGCAAUGUGUCAAUAUACCCAAAACACUCGUCUCUGAGUACUCAGGGGAUGGCUGCCCCCCUCUCAUUGUUGAAGAAGAUGAAGACUACUAUGACAGCUAUGACGAAGACCCUAAGAGUGACAAGAGGCCUACCACAAGCGCUGUGGUCACCAACACCAAAGCCCAUUCAACCCACUGGGGCCUACUCAACUCAGAAUCUACUGCUUCUCUAGACAGCCAAAUGCCCUACUUGCCUCCAACCCAAGAGUCCACUAUGAAAGAGACCGCAUUCCCAACCACCACAGAAUCCAUUAUAUUCUCCAAAACUCCAAAACCCACUCCUGAAUGCACCACAACCCUGACCACCUCAGAACCUACAACCCCAGAACCCACAACCCCAACCACCGCAGAACCUACAACCCCAGAGCCCACCACAAUCCCCACCACCCCAGAACCUACAACCCCAGAGCCCACCACAACCCUGACCACCCCAGAACCCACAACCCCAGAGCCCACCACAACCCCGACCACCCCAGAACCUACAACCCCAGAGCCCACCACAACCCUGACCACCCAAGAACCCACAACCCCAGAGCCCACCACAACCCUGACCACCCCAGAACCUACAACCCUAGAACCCACAACCCCAACCACCCCAGAACCCACAACUCCAGAGCCCACCACAACCCCGACCACCGCAGAACCUACAACCCCAGAGCCCACCACAACCCUGACCACCCAAGAACCCACCACCCCAGAGCCCACCACAACCCCAACCACCCCAGAGCCCACCACAACCCCGACCACCCCAGAACCUACAACCUCAGAACCCACCACAAUCCAAACCAUGUCCGGGUCGCAUUCAGAACCAACCAUAUUAGCCACCACAGAACCCAUCUCCCUCCCUGCCUUAGAGUCCACAACAAUCUCUGAAUCUGCCAACCUCCCCAAGGCCCGGGGGUGGGCUCAGGGGAACGUGGGCAGCCCCAGAAGUGACCCUUUCCUCACCCCUGACUUCUGCUGUCUCCUCCCCCUGGGUUUCUAUGUCUUGGGCCUCCUCUGGCUCCUGUUUGCCUCUGUGGUCCUCAUCCUGCUGCUGACCUGGGUCCGGCACAUGAAACCACAGGCCCUGGACUUUGGCCAGUCUGUUGCCCUGGCCACAGGCAAGUACACCACACAUCUGGAGCUGCAGAGGGGAAGGCAAGUGGCCAUGCCCCAGGCCUGGCUGCUUUUCCUCCAAGGAUCACUCCCAACUUUCCGCUCCAGCCUCUUCCUGUGGGUCCGGCCGAAUGGCCAUGUGGGGCCUCUGGUGGCAGGACGGAGGCCCUCAGCCCUCAGUCUGGGUCGUGGUCAGGACCUGCUGGGUACAGUGGGCAUUAGGUAUUCUGGCCACAGCCUCUGAGGGUGGGUGAUUUGGGGACUUUGAGAGGCUCUGAUGGGCUUUCUUAUUGGGAUCUAGCAGGGGUGGGGUGGGUGAAAAGCACAGGGUCAGGGGAGGUCUUAAUCACUUUUCCUUUAUCAGAAGCCUCCCUUUCAUACCAAAGGAAAACCAUCUCAGACCCAGCAAACCAGGACAGGUAGUGAGAUGGAGUUGGGUGGGUCAUAGAAGAAAGCUCCCAAUACUACACUGGAUGGGGGUAGGGGUGUUUCUGAGAUCACUAGGUUAUUACCACUUUGGGGAAGUUAUAGGAAAAAGCAAAUAGAAAACAGAAUAGAGCAUAGCCCCCACAUUUAUCUGUAUAUUGAAAAUUUGAAGAGAUUUAUCAAGAUGUGAACCUUGAUUGUCUCUGGGUGGUAUAAAUAUGGUUUCCCUUUCCUCUGCUUGGCAUUGUCUAGUUUUCUACUACUAUAUUAUUUGUAUAAUAAAAAACAAUUUCAAAAA